AAAGGACGGUGUGGCCUUCGGACGACUUAUCCGGAGGGGGGCCCGGGUCCGACUACGUUUCGUUCCAUACACCGAGCACGCUUCGCCCUGCUCACCGAGACCCCGGCGCCGUCCAAGGCCAAGUCCCAGUCUCCCGCUUGCUGGUUAACGAGCCUACUCCGAACCUUGUUGCAGCUCUCCCAGACCCGCCCGAGCUCCUCAACUCUCCGUAGUGCUGCCAGGAGCCACCGCUAUGCUUUCUUUUGCGGGGAGUUUCCGUGCGGUCGCGCGCCGCCAAGCAUGUAAAGUGCCCGCCGUACGCGCCAUGGCAUCUGCCUCCGCGCAGACUGCCACCGUGGACGAGAACCCGUACAGCGAAAUCAGUGACUACAUCCACGACAUUGCGGAAGAGCAAAAGACCAUUGCUGCAGGGUCCACUGGAGAGAUUGUGGAGGGAGGCGACGCUGUUCCAGAACCCCGACCAUCCCCAAUUGGCGCGAAAGGGUUCCCCACACUGACCGGUUUCCGGACCAACCAGUUCGUCCGGCCGCAGGACUUCACGCGGGAUACAUACGCUAAAAUGGGCGGACGGAGCUCGUUCACGAAGCGGGCGCUGCUCGGCCCUGGCGCGUCCAAGUCGCGCUAUCUCGACAUAUUCCACCAAAUGAACAUCGACCCCUUGCAAGAGUCGCAGAACUCGAAGAUCAUGUCCCGCUUCGUCACCUCCAUGGGCAAGAUCAAGGGUCGCAGCGAGACGAACCUCACGUGGCAGAACCAGCGGCGGGUUGGAAAGGCCAUCCGCCGCGCGAAGAUGAUGGGGAUCAUCCCGGUGCUCAGCAGACGGACGCUCCUGCAUGAAGGGAAGCGGUGACGGCGACGGUCCGUACAGUCGAGCAGCUUCCCCCCUAUCUCACCUAUACAAUACACCGUGCUUAUUUGGAGAAC